UUGAGAGGUGCGGCGUUAAGCAGUGAACAGAGUUCAACAAAAGCAGGUUUGUGAACCAUCAACCGAGAGCUGGCCUUUCAGUUGGCUAAGGUCACUGUAAUAGUAAUAAUAGUACAAUACUGUGGUCUGUUAACAUUUAACUAACAGCCUGCAGUAGGUAAGAUUGUGAGACAUAAGUGUUAUAUCCGCCAACUCUCACGCAUUAUGCGUGACUGUCUGGCUAAAGACAUCGAUGUCAUGCAUCAAGGACUAUUUCUCUCGCCUGACUCACAAAUCCGGACAAAUUGUUCUUUCACAUAAUUAAUAACAAAAAAUUCAAUUCAAUUUCCUGGAAAAUAUUCCAAAAAGGCGCUGAAAGAUGACUUUGUGUCCUAAUGAAAUCAAAACAUGCUGAAAUUGUCGUCUUUUGAAUAGCUUUGGAAGCUAGGUUCAGAAGUCUUUUGAAAAUCGUCAGACAUCCCGGUCAUGACGAGACGAAAAUCUCACACAUUUGACUCAGAAAAAGUUGGCAGGUAUAAAGUCUCUGCUACAAAAUGACAUGCACCACACACACAGGGAUCUAUAGAGGGGACAAAAUUACAAAAAUAAUGUCCACAAACACAUACUCCCACCCAUGCACAAAAGUGUUUGGGUUGCAACCAGAAGGACUGUAACCUUUACAUGUACAUUGACAUAGUGAAAAAACCAACAAAUGAAUGUGUACCCAAACAUGCUCUCUCCUGUACUUAUGGACACAGUUAGGAGUAAUUUACCCAUUACCACACCGGGAUAUUGGUGUGUCUUAUUAAUGGCUUUUAUCGGUGUUACAAGUUUUCCUUGGUUGUUAUAAGCAAAAUUGUCUUGGUAAUAUGUUAGGACAAAUGUUUCAAGGCUCUUCAUUUGAAAUAGUUUAAAAGGCACACACAGUCCAACUGAAAAAAUAAUAAAUUACUCAGUCAACAAAUGAUUAAAUUUCAGGCUCAUCAAAGGGACUUCAGCCUGUAGAUGAAGGCAAAAGGCCAUUAUCUCCUGGUGGUUACCCACCUCCAAAGCAACUGAGAUUGAUGAAAGAUGAAGGUAAAGGUUGUGCUGGCUACAUAUAUGUAUGUUUCAAUUAACAUCAGUGCUGUCUUUUUUAAUUUAGUUGUGAAUUUCAUUUUUGUAUGUGAGGGUUUGUAUUUGCACAGUCUCUUGAGAUCCCUUGAGUAUUGAAUUUAUUGGUGUGUUGUUUAUUUAAGCUAAUAAGGUAAAUAUAAACAUUGAUAACCAACCAUUUUUUGAAGAACAAACCUGAGCAAGAUAAAAUUCUGUAAAAAACUACAGAACCUCAGUGGCAAAAAUGGAAAAAGAAGCAACGUAGGAAACUGAGCAAAAAUAUUGAAAAGAAAAAAAAAAAGUUAAUCAAAGCUACAAACAGUUGCAAGAAUGUUGAGACACUCGGCACUAACAUGCAAUAAGGCGUUCUUUUUUCCAUGUGAUGGUGAAAGUCAGUGGACAGGCAAACUCCCCCCCUUCAAAGAAAAAAAAAGGGGGAAGCAGGACAUAUGAUAACAGGGUAACUCUAAGAUUAUGGAGACACUGUUUAGGCCCAAAUGAGAUUCACUGCAGUUAAAAAUAGAUGGUUGUAUUACAACUGAACCUUCAUUAAGCAGUCACUUAUUAAUCACCUUAUGUAAGGUUAGCUGGAUUCCAGACUCCUGGGCUUUGGAUUCUGGAAUUCAGCCCAAAUUCCACUGAAAGGAAUCCGGAAUUUGUAUAGGUAAUCACAUGAUUUCGAGUGCAAUUUGGAAUAAAUAAGCAUGAGUAAAUUUUUCAAAGACUAACAAAAGUGCACGAGCCCAUAGGGCGAGUGCACUUUGUGGUCUUUGAAAAAUUUACAAGUGCUUAUUUAAUCCAAAUUGCACGAGAAAAAUCAUGUGAUUACUUAUUAAUAAUAUACACGAAAAACAUAACUACAACAACAAAUUUUGACAGCGCGCGCGUUUUUAGUUCAUUCAACUGAUUGGCUGAAACAUUUGUCACCUUUGUCAAAUUCAAACUUUUUCAAGACCAACGCUUUCAAAAUCAUUCAGCUAAGAACUUGGAAAUGUGCAAGGAUUUUUUUAUAUGAUCACCAGCCUGUUAAAGAUAACUUGGUUUACAACAAUCAGCAAAAGUAAGUGUUUUUAAAUUCAUCCUCGAUUAUGAGAGCUCGGCGUUUACAAGAAGCAUUUUCAAGAAGUAUACUGCCGUUUUUAAAUCAGGAGAACGCUUCGAGCAGCCAAAGAUGAAAGACACUUGCUAAGGAUUUUUAACGACUGUUUAUCAUUGUCUGUUCCUGAGACCCCAUCAUAGCUGGAUUCAUGGACAAAUUUUUGAGAUUUAAAACCCGAAAAUGAAGGAGGCAAUUUGUUUUCUUUCGACGCUACCAUCGAUGGGUGAGUGGAGCCACAGUUGUUGUGAUGUCGGAAACUGUCAGUAUUAAUAUAAUAUUUGCUUUUUCUCAGCGCUGGAGUUUUCAUUAUUUUAUUUGGGCUAAUGCAAGAUUCAUCGUAGCUCUUCCUCGUCGGUUUCAUCGUAGUCGUUAAGGAAAUUUAUACCUCUGUGGCCUGUGACACUGAGGAUAUGUUGUGAACUUACAAUCUUUGCUUUCUUCACCUGACUGCAUGUUGUUUUUCUUGCACAAUGAUUCGUAAACUUUUUUCUCACUUUCUUUAAGGCUAGUACCAGCUACGGAUACUUUUCAUUGUGUGAGUUGUGGUAUUUUCACCCAUUGGUUUAGUUUGGACCAGAAGUUUAAAUUUUCAGUUUCGUUUGCUACUGAGGUAGAAAAAAAAGACCAUCACAUGGAUGUUUUAAUAGAGGUCUUCGCUCCACAAAAGACUCAGAGAGAGCAACAAAUAACGUACAUGACUUGAAAUCCCUGUUGUUAUCAUUGAAUAAUCCUUGUUCAUUUAAAUGCCUGAAGAGUGUAGCUGUCAUGGUUUGCGUGUGGUUGCAACCGUUUUUGUUCUUUAUUUUUUUUACUUUAGCGUAGUCUGUUAUGAGUAGCUUUUUUUUUAGUUUCUCUGGCUCAUUUUCCUCGAUUUUGUCGACAGUAUUUUUCUCUUAGCAACGCCUUUUCAAUACAUUUAGCGAGAAAGACGUACUUUUUACCGUGUUCGGGUUUUUUUGGAAUAUUUUUUUAAACUUUUCUAUUGUUUUGCUUACAAAAUUUAAUCCCGUCGUCGUCUGCUGAAAACCAUGGCCAUUUUCUUGAAUCUGUGUUGUUAAAACAGCUCUAAUCUGAUUGGUGCUUGUUGGUUUCUUUUGUGUUUUCGGCCAAUCAGAAAGCAUUUGUUAUUUGCACUCGUGUUACAAGUUUGCACUCGUGUUACACAUUUUGCACUCGUGUUACAGAACAGCUGCACUCCUUUCUCAGCCAAUCAGAAUUGAGUAAUUUUUUCGUGUAUAUUAUUAAUUACCUUAUCUAGCUGGGCAUCUUGGUCACUUUUCUUACAUAACUUAAUAUCUUUUACUCCAGUUUUAAGGAAAUAUUUUAUUUUGCACAUCUUUGUAGAACGUAGGAACAAAAAGCCCUUUCAUUACUGGUUAAUUAAGAUUGUGAGACAUAUUUUGCUAUGCGACUCCUUUAAAAGGCAAAAUUGUCACAAGUUAUGAGAUAACAAAAAUGGCAAAAACUGCUGUUUUCAUCUGGCCAUUUUAGAACACACAAACUUAGGGAAAUGACAGAAAUACUGUUUAUUAAAACCAGCUCGAUCCUUAUGCACUGCAUUUCAUCAGUUUAAUAAGUCAACACAAUGGCUAUAGGUAUGAAGUACUUGGACAACCAGUUGCAAAAAUUUUGAGACACCUAGCCUGCGAGCAAGCUCUCCAAUUUGGGCUAAGGAAAGGAGAGCCUGCAACGAUCUCUCAUAAAUUUUCAUUUCCACCCCGGAAACCCCAGGACUCCACAAAGCAUGAAAACUAUCACCGCAAACGUGCAGCAGAUUAGAAAAGUGACAACUGCCUGUCAAGUAAGUUUAGACAACCAAGGGCACGUAGAAUUAUUUAUUUAUAAAUCGCUUUUGCAACAGCAUCAGAGCAAUGUUUUUAAUCACUGAUCUGUUUUUUUUCCACGGGCCAAUCAAAAUUCAACUUGUUUGUACGGAUAAGAACUCACUACUUUGAUUCUCGUUCGUCCAUACUGCAGUUCAGAAGACUACUCCCCAUCGCAAUCACCAACAAAAACAUCAUAUAUUUCUGGAACUGGAGAAUAGCGUUUUUCUGCACUUGGUUCUCUUAAGUUUUACUCCAGUUGCUUCCAACUCUUUCUCUUUUCCUUCUUUACAGUCAAGCUACACAGCUACACUGUCAAGUACAUGUUUUGAAUUUUUCUACCCAGUAAAAUUCAAUCGGGCGAAGAAACCGGUCAAAGUCAAAUGUCCCGACCCCGGGGUCGCUUCGCACGAUCAAACGUCCGACAGGGGGAUAGUCUCAGGCAUCAAAUCCCCACCCCUUGUCCGCACUCCCCCCCACGGGAUUUACAUUGAGAGGUGCAUUAUCCUCAGCUCGCAAUAUUCUCUUUGCAAGAAUUACAUCAAACCAGCCUGUCUACUUUGAGGGCUGAAACAAGUUCUCGUUACCAAUCUGAUCCCCCUGAGAACCAAAUAUGACACACAGACAAAGCGAGUGUCAGCUUGGCCUGCUAUCAAUCAACUUUGAUUUCCAGAAAGUCAUUUUUCGGCCAACGGUAUUUUCCUUAGUCUGGGCGAAUUAUAAAUGAAAUUUUAUGCGAGAUCGUUGCAAGCUCUCCUUUCCUCUGUUCCUCGCGGCUUUGCUGCUCGUUCUCACGAGACUUGCUUCACUCACCCAAAUAGGAGAGCUUGCUCUCAGGCUAUGAGACACCCCAACGAAAAACUGGCCUUUUUUACUUUAUAUUGCUUUUAGUCAAAAAUCUGUGAGAUAUAACAGUCACCCUCCCCCUCCCCCUCCCCUCCAUUCAAAGUUUUUCCUCUUAAGUCUUGAGCUUAACAUUGUAUUCCUUCCAAAUUUGACAAGGGGAGGGGGGAGGAUCUCAAGCACAAGAUCAUCGACAGGUCUUUUAAGCCCAAAUAAGGUACUGUCUCAAGCAUUUUUUGCAACUGGUUGUGGCUUGGACCAAUUAUGUAUUUUCUGACAACAAAUUCAAUUGCUUCGCCAGCAGAACUGCAAAAAACAGAGGAUACAACUAGCAUGACUUCAGAGGGCAGCGAUGGCAAUACACCCCAGCUAACCACUGGUCUUCCAGAGAAUACCAUUAGCAGAUCAGAAUGCAGUGAUGGUAAUACACCACAGCUUGCCAGCGGUUGUCCUUCUUGUUCAAAGAAUGCUGCAAGUAACCCAAAGAAGUCCACCAGGGACCCUCCUGAGCUUAAUAAAGCUCUCCCAUCAUUGGGUGAUGUUGACAUAGAUAAAAAAAACCCUGAUCUCCCUGUUGAUGUUUUGUUACUGGUGGUGAAAAAUUGCGAGUUCUUAGCUUGUUACAGUGAGCUUAAGAAUCCCUAUAGAUGUUACUUUGAUGGUCUUGGCUAUGUUUACUUUUCUGAUGUGGGUGAGAGUCAAGAGAAAGUUAAAGUUGCAUUAUUAAGAUGUUACGAAAAUAGUAGUUGUCCUGGUGGUUCUCUCAUCUCUGUUAAGAAUGCUGCCACUGUGCUAAAACCUAAAGCAGUUAUAUCUGUUGGUGCAUGUAGUGGUCUUUACCCUGAGAAAUCCAAGUUAGGAGAUGUUAUUGUUUCUGCCAAAUUAGCAACAUAUGCAUCCAAAGUGGUGACCAAUAAUCAAGAACAGUCAACUGGCAUGAGGAGUUAUGUGAGCAAACAUUUCCUGGAUGUCAUUAAGAAUUGUGCUGAGGGCUGGAAGGCACCUUUAAAGAACCAGGAUGACCAUAGUGAUGCUCCGCAAGUUCAAGUUAAAACUACUGCUGAGUUUCUGACUGGACCAGAACAAAUCACAUCUGCCCAGCGACGUGAUCAACUUGCUGAAACCUAUCCUCAGGCAAUAGCAAUAGAAAAUGUAGGAGAAGGUAAGUUGACUGAUUUGUUUGAAGCAUGUCUUUAUAUAUAAGUGGGUACAUACAGUCAGGUCUUUCAACUUUGGAGACAUGAAAUGUGUGGUUAAAUUGAAAUUGUCCAGGCUUGAAUUGGCCUUAGCAGAAACUCAUUAAUAUAAGUCAUUGCUUUAGCUGACUUGUUGACAUCUGAGUUUUAAAAAAAUCUGACAUGUUGCCGUUUCUGAUGAAAUAAAUUAAGUUUGCACUGCGGUAUGUACUAUGCACACUAUAGUGCUGAAAAAAAUCAGUAACUGUCAAUCAUUAACAAGGCAAAUUAAAGAUUCAUUCGACCCUGAUAACUUGAACUCGCGCUAGCUCGAACUGUUUUUUAUUGUUUCUCUUUGGAAUUCAAGGUUAAUAUACCGGGGUUCUACUGUAGUUUUAUACAAACACAAUUCAUUAAAAAAAAAAUCUAUCCUUGAUGUAAAGACAGAUUUCGAGCCAAUGAAAACCUUCCAGUACGUACAUGUACAUUUCACCUCUUGUCAUUUAAAGUAUAGUGGAACUGCAUGCUGUAAACACAAUGACAUCCAUUUCCAAAAUAAUAAUUUAUCACAUAUAUUUAUUAACUGGGCUGCCUGUGGCACAGGCCGGUUUAUAAAAUGAGUUCCUUUUUUUUGUUGGAGGGGUUUUUCUGGGAAGUCUUAGUGGGGGGUGUGCCGUCCGGCUCUCCUAAUCUUUACACUAUCUCAGAGAAAUAUCUAUAAGGUUAAUGUAAGGAGUACACCCCCCGGAUUUAUGUCAUCAAAAUGACCACUAUCAAUAUUAUUAACUUAGUAACAAUAAAGCAAUUUGUUAAGUGGAGGCAUUCGUUAAAUGAAAAUAUGUUUGAAGCUAGCCUACUGGGCCUUUUCAUCGUCUCCUUCAAAAGAUGCUAUGAUGAGUACCUUUUGUGGUUUUUCUUCACUAUUUGUUGAGGUAUGAGUUUUUCCCCAUCCAAAAGGUGAUUGCAAAUCUCUGUGUUUAUGUGUGGCUAGAGUGUGUGUGUGUUUGUGUACAUCUAUUGAAGAAAGACUUCUGUCAAGCUAUCAUUGGCACUUUUUAUCAGUGCCAUUUUCAAAAGAUGGUAGGAUGGGUUGCUUUUAAGUUUUCUUUUCUCUUCAUGUUGAAGUUUAAAUCGUUUAAAUGUGACAUUAAAUGCUUGCUUUGCAUGUGAAAAGUCAUUCCUUACAGGAAAGGAAUGUCGUGGGGAAUGUGCUCAUUGUAGAACACCACGCCGAAAAAAAAUAUAAAUAUAUAUCUGUCUGGAUUUGCAAAAACAUGGCUACAGAAAUCUCUCUUAUAUACCCUCUGACUGAGUCUUGUAGUGGAGCAUGGUUUUUUUUUUUUUUUCUUAGUUACUUUUUAUCUAUUUAAUCGGUACCGGAUAGGCCACAAUAGGUUUCUCGCUCGCUAUUAACCUAUUACCCCCCCAAAAUGUUUUUCAUAACUUCCCAUAAUUCUCUCUGUAUGUCAGUUUGAAAUCAGCGUGCGUAUUAGACUAAACUUGGCUCUCAUAGUGGGUUGUCUUAGAGUCUUUUUGGCUGCCUUGAGCAAAGUUUUCCGGAAGGCAUCAUUAAGCCUUAUAAAGGAACAACUCUCACGUCUGGCAAAGUCUGCUGCGUCCAAUAUCUACUGGUAUUUCGUCUCAUUUCGGGCUACACGGGUGAUAGACUGAUCCCGGGCUUGAGAUGGAAAGAUCUAGAUUGGAUAUUGCCAGCUUUGUUGUUGGCAGUAACAAGUCUUUGGCCUCACAAAGUAGGUUCCUAAGGGUUGAAAUCUAUUAGGCAAGAUGGAAAUUCAUGCUGAUUUCCGACCAGGCCAAAGACUUAGUAAAAAAUUGUUUGGAAGGCGGGGGCUGUAUGUCUCCUUUUCAACCACUGGUUUACAUCUGGGAUCUUGAAUAAAUCGAUUGUCAGUGAGUUGAGAAAAGUUGGGCGUAUGGAAAAGCCAGAAUCCAGAGCCAGAAAUGGAAAUGGAACUGGAACCCAAACUCGAACCCGAACCUAAGAAAUAAAACUUGGAGACGUUUCUGUCUUAAGAGUGUCACUAACAAUUAUUGCUCGAUCAAGACUUUUCAUCCCCACAUUAUAUUUAUUUAUUGUUAUUAUAUUUUUUACUGUCGCAUUUUUUGCGUGCGGCGCAAAAUUUUUCUUCGAGAAUUUCAUAUACGCGUGAGCGUUGCAACUUGGGAUCAUGAUUGACAUGAGUACUCCUCCUCCCUUUGCCGCCUUUUCCUCACAAUGGAUGAAACACGGAGCCCUUUUAAGAAAUGAGUAACUUAGGCUCAAGAGAAGGAAAUGAAUAACACAGCGGUCUUAAACAUCACAUACUAAUAAUGGCUGUUUUUCGCAGUCAAUAGGCUUCUGAUUAGUUGUAGUCUCGAUCUGCCGAAAAUUGCUCGACCUACAGCUGCAGUCACAGUUUAUGACUGCUAGGAAUAACAGUAGGAUGCAGUUACCUUUUUUUUUGCAAGUCACUUUCCCAGUGUGAGUAUACCUUUGGUAUCACGAUCACUGUGCUGAAAAUUUCUCAAAACAGUGAUAACAGAAGACACCAUCUUGAAUUUUAUUCCCACACGGGUAUCGGGAACUGAUUUCAGUGCUUCCCAGUUUAAGUUCCGGUUCUGGUUCCGGUUCCGGAUUCCGGAUUCCGGCUUUUCCAUACGCCCAGAAAAGUUCCAUGUGACGAUUUAUGUGGAGAAAGCGAGAGUUUUAUGGAGUAAUUUGACGAUGUUUCGCCCGUGUCAAGUGUGGAGAUAUUAUGAGUGGUUUUGGGAGGUGUUGUGAUUGCCGCGAAAGUCAUUUACUGUGUGAUUUACCGAAAGUGUUGACAGACAAUAAAUCUCAGGUAUGUGCGGUUGAGCUCGUGUUACUAGAAUACUUUGUGUCAAUCAUAAAAACGUUUCGUGAGUGUUUAGUUCAGGUGAUUGUGUCUUAGAAAGCCUAUUCUGUGCUCAAAGAUUGUGGAUUCUUAAUCUGUUUUCGACCGACACUGAACUGUGGGCCUCACGGUUUGACUGACUAAAAGACUACAAUUUUUGGACGUUUCAAAUGUUGUUUAUUUCAUUGCAAAAUCCUAUUACUUCUGCGAGAGAACUUUACCGUUUAUUGCCAGCAAUAAUGCUGUCAUUGUUUAGCUUCAGCUAGUGACUUUUAACUGCUUCCCAUUCCACUUAGAUGUCAAAUAGUUAAAAUGCACUUGAAAUUUCUUUAGCCACAUUUUAACAAAUCCAGACAGAUAUAUAUACCUGUCUGGAUUUGAUAAAAGGUACCUCCAGAAAUUUUUAGCAACAGUCUCAUUUGAGGCUUGUUCAGUACUUGACCAUUCUUGUUUUGUUUUUGUUUUUUUUAAUGAUCUUUUCGGUUCAAAAAUCCCCUUAAAAGCUGCAGUAGAUCAAAAAACAUGUGUUUAAUGUGCUGUUUACAUCUCCCCCACCCCCCCUCGCAGUGUUACGGUAUUUUGUCUCAUUUUGGCUAAACGGGUGAAACACUGAUCUCGGGCUUGAGACACAAAGGCAUCAUGUUGCGAGCUUUGAUGUGGGCGGUGACAAGUCUCUGGCCUCCAAAAGUACCAGGCCAGAGACUUAGUAAAAAAUUGUUUUGAAGGCUGCCGUCCAUGUGUCCCUUUCAAAAUGGCUCGGCUACAUCAAGGAUCUUGAAUAAAUCGACUGUGUCGACUGAUGAUUUAUGUGGAGAGAGCAAGAGUUAUUGAGAGAGAGUAAUGUGAUGAUUUUUCACCCGUAUUAGUGUGCAAACAUUGUGUCUGGUUGGCUGUGGAUAGUUUUAUCAGUGCCACGAACGUGGUUAAUUGUGUGAUUUCCUGAAGUUGUUGACAGACAGAUUUCAGGUAUGUCGUGGCGCUCGUGUUAUAAGAAUAUUCUGUACAAGCAUGAAAACGCUCUAGUGAUUUUGUCUUAGACAACCGAUUGUGGGAUCAAGAAAGGUGGAUUCUAGGUCUGUUUUAGUUGGGCAUCUCGCUAUGUCAGCCUCAUAGUUUAACAGACUGAAAGGUCAUUAUUUCUGUGCUUUUAAAUGUUGUUCAUUUCGUUACAAAUCUGUCGCUUUUGCCAAGUACAGCAACUUUUCGUGUGUUGCCAGUGGUUAAUUCAUCUGUUUUAAGCCCUAACUAGUGACUUUCAACUGCUUUUUAUUGACCUCAAGGGUCAAAUUGUUAAAACGCACUUGAAAUUUCUGGAGGUACCUUUUAUCAAAUCCAGACAGAUAUAUAUUCACUAAGACAGUUAGAAAGGCUUAAUGACACAAUAUCAGACAAAAACAAAACUUAAAUUUAAUUUUCUUUGUUGGUUUUAAGAACCAAAAUUGAGAAAUGUACUGCUUGUUAUUGACAGCUUUUUAUGACCCGUAGAACAACAAUAAUUUUUGGAAUUUCCGGUUAGGUCAAAUUAGUCACGCUAUAUUUUGAGGAGCAGAGGGAUUGGGGGAGGGGUGCGUGAAAAUAAUGCUUAUUGUUUCCUGCUUAGAAUGGCUCACUUGCUUAUUUUUAUUCAUGGUGGAAUUUGAAAAGGUACCAUACAGCCCCGACUUAAAAAUGGUACUCGUUUUUCCUGUUACGAAAGUCUUCCAAAAGGGUGCAAUGUUCAAAUGAGUAAAUGUUCAACUCUCACAUAUGUGUGUCAUGCAAUGGUCAGUGACAAGCGUGGUGGCCUGAGAGUGAGUGUGUGCAGCCACCCUCUCCCCUAGGAAAAUUGGCAGCCCAGUUAAAAUCACCUUUUGGUGAUUCUUGUUUACCAACACCUUAAAGGAAAAAAGAAAUUGGAACCAUUUUGUGCCUGAAAUCUGUAAUUUAUUACCUUUUAAUACCUGGAAUGUGCAGUCCACUUUUUUGAGAUAUGGCAGUGGAAAUAAUUUUGAAUAAUUUAAACCCUCAGGUGCUAGACACUUCAUGCGUGGUUUCCGAUUUUGGUCAAGUAAGCAUCCUGAGUGUUGCACAUGAGAAAAAAACCUCUGGUACCCAGGGUAGUGGCCAUAAUUCACUGGCUAUUAUUUGUGGUUUAUGGUCAUUUCGCCAAUGCAUCGUUCUGCUAACGUGUUAGAUCAGCAGUUUGCAAUAAUAUUAUUAUUGCCAACGUAUAAUAAAGCCAUGCGCGAAAGCUCUAAGGCAGAUUGAAUCUCGAAGUGAUGUAACAUGAGGUUUAGUGUAAUAAGGUAACUUUUAUGACAUAUUGCAGAACAGAGAAUAUAAGAAAAAUAUGCUAUGUAAAGUCAGUAUUUCAAAUUCUUUAUGCACUCGAACAGUUGAGUUCACCAUUUUCAAGGUAAUUUUUGGUCAUGCAAUCCAGUUGACUUCAAAGUAUUUUACCCAUUAUACACUGCCUGCUUAUGUUGCUGAGAAAAAAUAAUAAAUUAUGCUGCAAAAUUUAUUGUGUCCUUUGAAGUAAAAUAAUUCAGAAGGCUUCUUUGGCGCACCAUUAAUCUUUUUUUUUUUUUUUUGGCUGAAAAGUAGACUUCCUACACUUUAAAAAGAGACCAAAAUUAAUAUAAAUCUUUGGGUUGAAUAUUUGCAGACUUAUGAUUUUUUGAGGAUUCUAAGUUUGCUCAUAAUACCACUAAAUUGUACGCAAAAUGACCUGUGUGCAACUUCGGACAAAAACACAAACUUCAAUAUCUUGAAAAAUAUGCUAUGUUAAGUCAGGAUUUCAAAUUCUUUAUGCAGUAGAACAGUUUAGUUCACUAUUUUCAAGGUAAUUUUUGCUUAUGCAAUCAAAUUGAGUUCAAACUAUUUUUCACGAAGACACUGGCUGUUUAUGCCACAAGGAAAAAAUUAUAAUGCUGGAAAAAUUACUGUGAAUUUGAAGACAAAUAAUUCGGAAGGCUUCAUCGGUGCACCAUAAAUCUUUUUUUUUUUACCCUGAAAAGUAGACUUCCUAAACUGUAAAAAGAGACCAAAUAUAAAUCUGUACAUUGAAUAUUGGCGGACUUAUGAUUUUUCGAGGAUAGUUCACUUACAAAACAACUAAAUUUUAUGCAAAAUGAUCUGUGCACAACUUUGGACAAAACACGAAUUUCAAUAUCUCGAAAAAUAUGCUAUGUAAAGUUGGGAUUUCAAAUUCUUUAUGCAGUAGAACAGUUUAGUUCACUAUUUUUCGUAAAUUACGGUACUUCAUGACAUUUCUAAACAAAUUGAACAGUGCACGCGUAUAGGUAUAAAAAUAUUUGCUCGUUGCCACUUAGCAAUAGCUAUAACUAGUAAGUAAGUAACUAACUAGAGAAGGUUAUAGGUGUAACUCCUGUUGGGACUACUCAUGAUCAGUUCUGUGAUCAGUGAGUCACUGACUAAAUAAACAUCUUAUGUGUUAUGUUAAAGUCAUUUUGCUAAUGUGAUGUAAGCGUUGCUAACUCAGUUUGAGGACUAAGAACCAAAUUAUUUUACCCUGUGAAGUAAUUUAAGCUUCUUGCAAUUUUGUUGGUAUGUGAAUAAACCUGCCAAGGUUCAAGUUUCCUGCCAAGUUGCUUCUCCAACAACAACAACAACAACAUUUAUUUAAACACGAUAAAAUUACAGCGGAGCUGAUUUGGUCGUGUAUUUAUAAGUUAAACACAGUUUGCAAAUGAAUAAAAAGCUUAAAAACUAAUUAAAAUUUAGAAAAAGAUCUAACCUAUUUGAAAAAAUAAGCUAUUCACAUGAAGUUCUGCGUUUAAGAGAGUUUUUAAGUAAGCUUUUGCUUGAGAUUGCACGCAUAUGAUUGUCAAGAGAAUUCCAUAGAGGUAUGGCUUUGUAACAAGUGGACUUGCGAAGAACUUCACUGUUUGGUUUUGGUAACAAAAAGGUCAAUUUCCUUCGCAAGUUAUAGUUGCACUCUUAUUUCGUAAAAACACAUGCUUCAUUUUUGGAAUUUGUUUGUAGGUUUUUCAAAUAAGGGGUUUUUUAAGCCUGUUUAAUUUGUGACCCUUUAGCAGUUCUAAUACCUUAUAAGAGAAGCGAUGAGAAUCCCGAGAACAAAAAACUCAGAAGCUACUUUCCAGGAAACUAUUUACUCUUCAAAUAAACCCUUCCUGGACAGAGGCUACUCAUGCAAUGUGAUUGAAAAACUCCUGUCAGAAAUGAGAUUACCAGGAAAGGCCAACCGACUCCAUGAAUUUUGACAAGUAGGAUGUCAGAUUAAUAAAAUUACAACUUGGAUGUCAAAUUUUUAAAGACUUAAAUGUCAGAUUUUCAACAACUCGGAUUGUACUUGCAAGCUUCCAUAGAUUUGGGCUUAAAUAAAGGUGUUAACAUUGCAGGAGAGCUUUGCUUGAGGUGGAAAGAGACAGAAAGUGCAUGAGACAUACAUACAUACAUGUAGUCAGAGAAAGCAAAAUAAAUGUUAUUCAUUUCAAACAUAAAAAGGUUGUGAUUUUGGGUGUGGCACGUUUAAAUAAAAUCUGUAAGUUUCCCUGGAAAACCCUCUCAAUUUUCACAGAAUGAUGUCAUGUUCCCUGAAAAAUAAUAUUGACCUAAUUAAGUACAAAAAUGACUGCCAUUGUCUCCCACUGUCUGAUCAAGUUUCCUAUAUAUUAAUUAUAAUGCUGAUAAAGACAGUUCUGCAAUUUAAUUGAAUAACGAGAUUCUCUGAGAUGUUUUACAGUUCGUGGUUUAUAUUAGCCUGAUGACUGAUUUAAGUUAAAGUUUUGUAUGGAAAAUGUCAGCUUACCUAGUCUUGUUUUCAUGUGUUUGGUAGCAUAAAUGCUCCUUUAACUGUGAGUUCAACCGCUUACACUUGACCUUUUUUAUCUUUUACUUCUGUUGCCAAAGAAAUGUCUAAGACCAGAACAACAAAGGCAGCUGUAUUUGAUGUGUUGGGUCUGUAAGCUCCACACAGUUUUUUUUACAUUACUGGUACAAUGACCAAUGUUGUAGUAAACAGGACUGUCUUAAAGCUCAUGUACCCUUUGUUUUGUUGUUCUACAGGAGUAUUUACAGCAGCAUUUGAUUGUCAAAUUGAGUGGUUAAUUGUGAAAGGAAUAGCUGAUUUUGCAGACGAGUUAGCUUCAGAGAGUUGGCUUACCUUUGCCAGUGUGAUGGCAGCAUCUCUUGUGGCACACAUUUUGAAUGAUUCCUGUGUUUUUCGUUCAUGGCCUCAUUAUCAAGGUAAUCAUUUUAUAAAGUGCUGCCACUUCUUGGCAUGUGAUUUGUUAAAUCCUUUGGUGGGUUUCUUCCUUGGUUCACCCAGAAGUAUUAAGAUACACUGUAUUUGCACUGUGGAUAAGUGCCUCCAUUUAAGGUGCCUCUUCAGGUGUCCAAUACUUACCUCUUGUUCAAGUCAUGAAAGUUAAGGUUCAAGUGGUGCAAGUCGUGUAAGUGACAUGAAUUCUAAAACAAUGUCUACCAUUUUUGUGAUCAGUUGAAGUGGUGAAUGUGAUAUGUUUCCUUAAAAUAACAUGAAGCACUAGGAGUAUGACUUAAAGUGCACACUUAGAAUUAGAAUGGCAAGUGGUAGGGAGGAGGGGGCUUUUCAAGUUGUGUAACUCAUAGGAGUGUACUAUGAGUUGUAAAACAGUGUAUGCCAUAAUCCCCAUUUGUGCCUUUAGUUCAAAUGGUGAAUGGAUAUUAUGUUACAGUGAAAUAAUAUGAAGGAUGCCUUAGUCAAAUUGAAUAUCAUGAGGGACACAGAAUUUAACUGACAAGUUAUAAAGAGGGGUACUUUUCAGGUGGUACGACUCAUACAAGUCGUGCAACUGUUGACAGAAUGACAUGUUGAAAGAAUGACAUGCAAGUUAACUAGCGCAUACUUCAUAGUAUUUCAUUGAAACAUAUCCAUUCACACUUGAACUAAUUGCACAAAUGGUAGAAACUGUUUUUACAACUCGUACCACUCAUACAAGUUGCACCACUUGAAUCUACUGUUCUUAAUACUAGAGCAAGUGGUGGGUACUGGACAAUCUACUAUCGGUCACAUCAUUAAGUGUCUAUGUUUUUAGCUAUAAGCUAAUGGGGGACACAUAAUUCAUAAUUCUGCAUAAUUCUUCAUAUCAUGUGAAAGCUGAAUCCAAUAAUUGUUUAAUAAUUCAUUCAUAAUAUUUCCAAGUUUAAAACUUGCUUACCUCUGUGUCAAUCAAAACAUUUACUACUGCAGUAGACCUUGUCACGGUUUUAUCAACGCCAUUUCAAUGACAAGUAGGCAAGGAAAUUUUAGCGCGGUUACCAAGCUCUACAGACCAUACAAAUCUCUUGAAAUUUCGGUAACGCGCUCCAUUUUGCUAGGACUUCUCAACUUUUCCUUUGACUUCGUCGCACUUGGGAGAUUUUAGCUUUACGAAAUAUUGAAGGUAAGUAGAGUUUCUAGCUGUGUGGUAAAAAUUUUCCCAAUCCUUCAUUAAAUGAGUCAGUUUUAGCACAAAUAGCUCGUGGAACGUACGAUGCGUGCAAAACAAAACAAAGUUAGCAUAAUGUGAGCAAUGGUUGUUGAAUUGGCCUAAAAAAGCGUCUGACCAUCGUGUCGUGUUUUGGUUAUAUUUCAGUGAAAUUCAUACUGACCAGAUAACCGAAGGAAUGUACGAAAAAAAUUCGUUACUCAAAUCGAUAGAAUGCUGCACAGUACGAACAACAGCCUCCCCCGUGCACACGUUCUUUUGGCUCGUCACAAAAUCCUCCCCAUUGGAGGGGCAGGAACGCGUGACGAACCCCUAAGAACGUCUGCGUGAACCUUCCUCAGAAUGGCGGGAGCAAGCUGAUACUUUCCUGUCUUUCCUAGUAUAUAGUUCCUUCCUUGCGUUAACGUGUCCUAAAGAUUGGCUGGUUGAACGCCAGAGGUUUCUCCUUAAUUUUGAAAAGUAUCGUAGAAGUUGAGCGACCUAUUCUCGGACAGGUAGUCCCUAUUCUCGGACGCUCGUUCAUAGAUGAUUAAUCCUGUUCAUCAUGUUGAUAUACGUCGUGUUGAUGAAAAACGAAGUAAUAUUACUGCGCUUUUCACAAACAUGCGAACUCUCAAGUUCUAAAGCCGCCUUCGCAAUUGCGUUUUUCGCUACCGUCAAUCAUAAUUACGAUCACAAGGAACGAACCUUGAAACACAAAAACACACUAAACGGAUCGAAAUCCACCAAUCACAAAUCACAAACCUUGACCUUUUGAACCCGUUAAAGUAAAGUUUUGUUUCCUAAGAGGUCCGUUAAGAUGAUUGACGGCAGCGAAAAACGCAAUCGUCAGUUGGCUUUUGAACUUCAGAAUUCGCAUGUUUGUGAAAAGCGCAGUAAAAGUGAACAAUCCCUUUUCCCAACUUAAAAACCAUUUUAAAGUCAGUUUUAGUGAAUCCAUCCUCGAGUUUUCGUCUCAGACUUAGCGCGCUUAUUUUAAAAACAAACAAGCGUUUUGGAAAUGGCAUACUGCUAUUUCUAGAAAGGUUGUCGGAAAAAUGCACGCGACAAUCCCGAAAGGUAUUGUGAGUGGUUUUGAGUUCACUGUUGUUCAAAGAAAUUUAAAAGAAUGGCACAAGAGGCCACGGACGUAUGUUUGUGAGUGUCAAAGGAAAGCAACAAAGAAGAUUCGACAGCUUCAGUGUCAAGAACAGCGUCUUGAUCAUAUCCCGUAUUACCUUUCGGGAUUGUCGCGUGCACAUCUUCCCGACAACCUUUCUCGAAAUAGCUGUAUGUUAGUUAAUCCCGACGGCUCGCUGUCAAACCAGGUAAGUUUCAGCUAGGAGCAGCUGGGAAAAGUAAUUUCCUUCGUUCUUCUUAAAUUAUGAAACUGUUGCUGUUCAUUAUACCAGAUUUUCUGCCGUAAGUAAUUUUCAUGUCCAGAGAUCUUGACUCAAUCAACUAUUAUUAUCUUUUUCUAGAAGUGGUUUAGGAAUUUGGAACAAAAUUCCUCUUACGUUACGUGAACAGCGCAAAGACCCUUACAAGCGUAAAUUACAUAAAUUACUGAUCAAGGUUUUGCAGACUAAGAAGAUGUAUGUUGAUAUGAAUACCAUUACCAGUUCCUACCUGAACUCCUUAUUCAGUUAGUGUUCUCCUUCCUUAUAUCCAUAGUUUUAUUUAGUAUCGUACUUGUUAUAAUUUUACUGUUUACUGCUAUUAUUUCCAAUUGUGCUACCUUUUAUUUAUUUAUUUAUUUCAUUUUAUUUUUCCUUUUUCUUGAUUUACUUUCUUUUUUCCCGACUUUUGAACCUUGAACUUUGCACUUAUUUAUAGGAGACAAUUAUAGUAUUGUUGCCCACUUAGAAUAGCUCCGCUAAUUGUGGGUAACAUGGUCCUAAAUUAUUUGUAAAUUGAAUAUUAAACUAAUAAGUGUUUCUUUGGCAGGACCGCAACCGCAGAAGUCAAUCACCCACUAUGAUGAAAAUCGCACUAAACCACUAUCUACCGCUCCUUUGAGCCUCGAACACCCGUCAGAACCGCAGCAACAAGAAAAUAAUGACAGUCCAAACAAAAAACAACCAUCAACCGCUUCAUCCAGCAACGCUUCACUUGAUUCGUCAUUCAACCGCACUCAAGCAAAUGAAAAAACAUUAGUAGCUCCUUCCAUUGAACGAAUGAAGAGACAUGUCCGAGAAGUCACUGAACGACCUUACAAAGAUCUUAAAUCACCUUUUGAUGAUCCAGGCGAAGGGAGAGAUCUAAAGCUUGACGAAAUCUUCACCAACUUGAUUGUUUAUGAGGGGAGAGUUGAGUAUGACUUUUCUGGAGACAGAGAGGAACAACUUAAAGAGUACCACAAAGCCAAUGAAAAUUUGCGACCAAUACUACCGGGAGAUAUUUUUGAUGCUAAAAAACGGAAGAUUCUUGUCGUCGGUCGUCCUGGAAUUGGAAAAACCAUGUUUAGCACAAAAAUUCUCCGCGACUGGGCGUCCGAUAAUUUGUUGAACGAAACACAAAAAUCACAAAUAGAUUUCGCUUUUCUCAUUAAGCUGAGGAUGUUUAACUCUACCAACAAAGAACUCAAUCUUCGGGAGCUUCUGAAUCACUCAGAGUAUUCAACAGCUCUUUCUGAAGAUGCCUGGAACUACAUCCGUAACAACCCAGACCGAGUAAUGAUUAUUUUUGAUGGAUUUGAUGAAUAUUCUAGCAAGACUGAAAUCAAUAAAGAUGACGUCCAGCACAGAAACAAUGAAGAAGACAGGAUGCCUGUCCAUUUCCUGCUACAGAAAAUAGUAUCCGGAAAAAUUCUUACCCGUUCGACAGUCUUAAUGACUACAAGACCAAAUGCAGUGUCAUGUGUCAGAAGUCGCGAGUUCGACAAAACUGUUGAAAUUCUGGGAUUUACAACUGAGCAAGUGGAAGAUUAUGUGCAAAAGUUCACAGAAGGCGAUGGCCAAAAGGCAAACACUAUAAAGCAGCACAUCCUCAAUAACUUAAACCUUCUUGCCUUUUGCUACGUUCCCGUGAAUUGUUUCAUCAUUUGUUCCUGCCUGUUUCAACUUCUUUGUAAGUCCGUUAGCCCUGGCCUACUUCCCACAACGCUAACUGAAAUAUACUCCAUCGCUGUCAAGUACUUUUACUUUCGUCACGGCCACUCUAAAGAAGUGAACAACGCUGAAAACAAUUUUCUUGACAAAUUUAAGAAACUGUCUUCCUCUGUGCAACUCGAGUUCACUGGCCUUGGAAGAAUUGCUUUUGAUGGAAUUAACGAAGGAAAACUGAUUUUUGAAUCAGCUGAAGUCAACAACCUAGCGAGUAAUAGCCUGUUUCACCGUUUACCUGACACUAGCGACCAUCCUUUAGCAGAGAGAAGAGAACAAUAUUGUUUUAUGCACCUGACGAUACAGGAGUUCUUAGCGGCGAAGUAUUUGGUGGACACGUACAGUUCCGAAGACCUGCAGAAGUUUGUUUCCGAUCACAUCCAAGAUGGCGCGUGGAAGGUUGUGAUGCAGUUUGUGGCUGGACUGCUGGCUGAAAAAGAAGGACAAUCAACAGAUAUUUUCAGCGACCUUCUUCCCUCAGAAACUUUUACUGAAGAAGUUAAAAUCAAGAUGAAUGAAGAUUCAGAGGAACCAACUGAAACACCCGUGACCUUUUGGCCAGCUGAGGAAGACAGGUUAUUAGUGGUGACGCUAUUCAAUUGCAUGUAUGAGAACAAAGCCUCUGAUCGAGAAGUUCAAAAGAAACUGGCGAAAAUUGGUUGUAAUGCGCUUCAUUUUUGGAAUUGUAACCUGUCACCUCUCGACUGUUUAGCAUUAGUGCAUGCACUUAAAUCUGUUGAAGGAAUUUUGGAUUUUGAUUUAAACUACAACAACCUUCAGUUGCUAGGAUGUAUAGAGAUUGCGAAGUUGUUACCUGGCAACCAACACAAUCAGGGUUUUUGUGAACUAAAAACAUUAAACCUCGGGCUUAACAACAUAACUGAUGAAGGAGUAAAACAUUUAUCCACAGCACUCACAAACACUAACUGCACACUAAACAGCUUAAACCUCAUACGUAACAACAUAACUGAUGAAGGAGUAAAACAUUUAUCCACAGCACUCACACACACUAACUGCACACUAAACAGCUUAAACCUCAUGGGUAACAACAUAACUGAUGAAGGAGUAAAACAUUUAUCCACAGCACUCACAAACACUAACUGCACACUAAACAGCUUAAACCUCUGGAAUAACAACAUAACUGAUAAAGGUAAAAAUCUCGUAAACUCAAUGAACAUAUACUGUACAGUAUAUAUCUAA